AUGGAUUACGAAGCGCUGAAGGAUCAAUGGAGUGAUGUGGAGGACCGUGAUGGCCUCAGACUCAGCUGGAACACUUUUCCAAGCUCUCGCAUGGAAGCUUCUCGACUGGUCGUCCCUAUCGGUGCCAUAUACACCCCGCUGAAGGAGAAGCCCGAUACUCCGAUCCUGCAAUAUGAGCCCGUCACCUGCAAACAACCCUGCCGGGCCGUGCUUAAUCCCUUUGCGACCGUUGACAUCCGCGCGAGAGUAUGGAUUUGUCCCUUCUGUCUGAUGCGCAACCCUCUGCCGCCUCACUAUAAGGACAUUACCGAGCAAACGAUACCACCAGAGCUUCACCCCACGAGCACAACGAUCGAGUACCAAUUGGCCCGCCCGGCUCCGGCUCCCCCAAUCUUCCUCUUCGUUGUCGAUACUUGCCAGGAGGAGGACAGUCUACAGGCAGUUCGCGACUCGCUCGUCAUGAGUUUGUCUCUGUUGCCGCCGAAUGCUCUCGUCGGUUUGAUCACUUACGGCACCAUGACACAAGUUCACGAGCUCGGUUAUGCCGAAUGCGCCAAGUCUUACGUAUUCCGAGGCAACAAGGACUACAAUGCGAAGCAAGUGCAGGAAAUGCUGGGUCUUGUAGGCGGUGCCCCCCGUCCAGGCAUGCCUCCUCAGCAGCCGGCGGUGCGACCCCCUCUUGGACCUGCUGCCCGAUUCCUUUUGCCCGUGCAGCAGGCAGAGUUCCAAAUCACCAAUGUUCUCGAGCAAAUGCAGCGCGACCCAUGGCCCGUGGCGAAUGACAAGCGUCCUCUCCGCUGCACUGGUGUCGCCCUGAGCGUUGCUGUCGGAUUGCUUGAAGCCUCCUUCCAAAAUGCCGGUGGGCGUAUUAUGGCCUUCCUCAGUGGUGCAGCUACCGAGGGUCCCGGUCAUGUUGUUUCACCCGAGCUGAAGGAGCCUAUCCGUUCUCACCAUGACAUCGACCGGGAUAACAUCAAGUACUACAAGAAGGCCGUCAAGUUCUAUGACGCGCUCGCCAAGCGCGCCGCUAACAAUGGUCACAUUGUCGAUAUUUUCGCCGGUUGUCUGGAUCAGGUUGGUCUCUUGGAAAUGAAGAAUCUCGUCAAUUACACCGGUGGACACAUGCUCCUCACGGACAGCUUCACUGCAUCUCAGUUUAAGCAGUCAUUCAUUCGGGUGUUUGACAAGGAUGCCAAUGAUAAUCUGCUGAUGGGCUUCAAUGCCUCUCUUGAAGUCCUGACAACCAAAGAACUUAAGGUCACCGGUCUUAUUGGACAUGCCAUCUCACUUAACAAGAAGUCGAGCUCUGUCGGCGAGACCGAGUGCGGAAUUGGAAACACGUGUGCGUGGAAGAUGUGCGGUAUCGAUCCAUCUUCGAGUUAUGGCGUCUAUUUCGAGAUCGCGAACCAAGGUGGCCCAGCGGCAGUACAGGCUGGUCCCCAGCGUGGUAUGAUGCAGUUCCUGACGUACUACCAGCACUCCUCAGGGCAUUACCACCUGCGGGUUACCACCGUGGCUCGGCCUUUGAGUGGUCCUGCCGGGGAUCCCACUUUGGCCCAGUCCUUCGACCAGGAAGCUGCUGCUGUGCUGAUGGCCCGCAUCGCUGUCUUCAAGGCGGAGGUGGAUGACGGGCCCGAUGUUCUUCGCUGGGUGGAUCGCAUGUUGAUCCGACUUUGUUCCCGGUUCGCCGAUUAUCGCAAGGAUGACCCAACCUCUUUCCGUCUGGAGAAGAAUUUCACUCUGUACCCGCAGUUCAUGUUCCACUUGCGACGAAGUCAGUUCCUUCAGGUCUUCAACAAUUCCCCCGAUGAGACUGCUUUCUACCGCCAUGUCCUGAACCAUGAGGAUGCUGGCGACUCGUUGGUCAUGAUUCAGCCCACCCUGGAUUCAUACUCUCUCGAGGUGGAGGGUAGUCAGCCCGUUCUUUUGGAUUCCGCUUCCAUCCAGCCUGCACAUAUUCUUCUUCUUGAUACCUUUUUCCACAUCCUCAUCUUCCACGGUGAGACCAUUGCUGAGUGGCGCAAGGCCGGUUACCAGGACCAAGAGGGCUACGAAAACCUCAAGGCGCUCUUGGAGCAGCCUAAGGAGGAUGCUAGGGUAUGUUCUCCUGGCUUUAUUCCUGACCGGUAUGCAUAUGGUUUGAUUAACUCCCGUGAAUUUUUAGGAGCUCAUUGCCGAUCGCUUCCACUGCCUCGUUUCAUUGUCUGCGACGCCGGUGGCUCACAGGCCCGUUUCCUUCUAUCUAAGCUCAAUCCUUCCACCACGCACACUAGUGGUGGUUACGGAGGCGGCGUGUCCUCGCAAACCAUCUUCACUGACGAUGUCUCUUUGCAGACAUUCAUGGAUCACCUCAUGAAGCUUGCUGUAUCUGGCACGAGCUAG